UGUUAUAGUUAAAGCAGUGACAAAAAAUUAUGUAUUUCGGUAGUCGUGUAUUUUGUGUAUGAUUUAAAAAUCAACCGCAUGUGUCGAACACGUUUUCCGUGGCCAUAUUGUUGAAAGAUAUAGUAAAACGAUUUCUCUUAUCUAUUUUAGGAUAGUCAGGGUCUAUCCUCACUCAUUCCAAGAUGGGAGCCUACCGUUACGUGCAGGAGCUGUACCGAAAGAAGCAGAGCGAUGUGAUGCGCUAUCUGCUGCGUGUUCGCGUUUGGCAGUAUCGCCAGCUAACCAAGUUCCAUCGUGCCCCAAGGCCCUCUCGCCCCGACAAGGCUCGUCGCCUCGGAUACAAGGCAAAGCAAGGCUUCUCGAUCUUCCGUGUUCGUGUGCGCCGUGGUGGUCGCAAACGUCCAGUUCACAAGGGUUGCACCUAUGGCAAACCAAAGAGCCAGGGUGUGAACCAGCUGAAACCGUACCGCUGUCUGCAGUCCGUGGCUGAGGAACGUGUCGGUCGUCGUGUUGGAGGUCUCCGUGUGUUGAACUCCUACUGGGUUGCUCAGGAUGCCGCGUACAAGUACUACGAGGUGAUUAUGGUCGACACCGCCCACAAGGCUAUCCGUCGUGACGCCAAGGCCAACUGGAUCUGUAACGCGGUUCACAAGCACCGUGAACUGCGUGGUCUCACGUCGGCCGGCAAGAGCAGCCGUGGAUUGGGCAAGGGUUACCGUUACGCUCAGACCAUCGGAGGAUCGCGCCGUGCCUGCUGGCGCCGACGCAAUCGUCAACAUAUGCGCCGUUAUCGUUAAGUGGUUGCAGCUACUGCGAUUGCUUAAUUGGUUUGCUGAUCGUCUUAUCCUCUCGCGUCUUGUAUGUGGAAUUUAUUUUUGCAUAGGAGUGCAAUAAAAUGUUUGAAAAGUC